AUGAUUAAAAAUGGAAAGUGGCAGUGCACGAGUGGAGGUAGUGUGCUUGGUGGUCUUGAUGUGGCAUGGAAAUAUGCUCGUCCAAUAGAAGACAAUAAGCAUGAUUUGAUCCACAUAAGAGUAAAGAAGUGCAAAGAAGUACCACCAGAUAUUAAGAAGGAGGUAAUUACAUGGAUAAAGGAUAAAGAGUCUAGCAAACAACAUAAGAAAUCUGUUGAAGAAAACAUAAGAUCUACAGCAAGAGGGGGAUACAUGGGCAAUAAAAGUAGCAAUCCUGUUAAUGAUGAUGAUGAUGAUGAUGAUGAUGAGGAUGGAUAUGCAGAUCCUCCAUACGUGCACCUUGCGGAGAAAGAAGAUUACCUUGCUGCCAUUAGAGCUUUGAAGCAAGAAGAAUGGUUUAGACAAUGA